GCUAGUGAAAGCGGAUUCUACUUAGGGGAGAUAUAAAAGUUCUUCGAAUGGUCGCUGCAAGACGAUCCUGUUGUAAUAUUUCCAAUAUAAAAAAAUACGAUUGCCGUCAACAAACUCUGCUGAACGAGUGCCUGGUUUACACUUAUGUCCACUUGCAUAUUCGCACACAUGAAGAUUAUCAAUAGCAAGUUAUUUAUCCGAAGUAACCUGUAUGUUCGAGUAUUUUCAUCUUCUGACAUUUGGCCCCACCUAGUUGCAUCUACGACUACAUCUGAUGGGUGCCUAUAAAUGUCCACCAGUGAACAGCAGUUCGUAGAACACAGCAAACAUUACCGUUAUCAACAUGAAAUUCGUACUACUGGCCGGUAUCCUAGCGACAACUAGCGCCGCCGUGGCAGCAGCUGGAAGUGAUAAAGACGCGCCAAUCGAGAAUCAAAAAUUGGAAGUUGGUCUGGAAGGAGAAUUCACGAAUGAAUGGUCCGGCAAUGGGAUAUUGAUAAAGGAACAUGGAACCGGAAAGAAAACUGAUAAGGAGUUGGCUCAGGUCAUCCAAGGUUCAGCCAGUUGGACCGCUCCAGAUGGCCUUGCCAUCGAACUAAAGUGGACUGCCGAUGAAGCUGGUGCUGUUCUCACUGGUUCUCAUUUGCCAACUCCUCCACCUCCUCAGGCAAUUCCGGAAUAUAUUUCCAAGGCAAUCGAAUGGUCAGCUGCACAUCCAUACGACGAAGAAGCAAUUCUCAAGAAAAAAUAUUAAACUGUUUACCAAAAAAUGGAUCUCUUGCGCUUUUUCAAAAUUUCAUAGCGCUAAUCAACUGCCCUAGCAACUGGUUCUGACAACGUCUUACGUUCAGUUAGAAAACUCUCAACUGUUAUAUAUGUAUAAAUUUAAUGUAAUAAAUUUCAUCUAACAAAGGAUAUUUUGCAUGCA